AUGGGAUUACUUGACAUCCUGCGAAAACUUCGUUCAACUCCACAAGAUGAACUUCGUAUAUUGCUCCUAGGCCUCGAUAACGCUGGCAAAACGACGUUACUUAAAGUUCUUGCUUCGGAAGAUAUUUCGCAUAUAACCCCAACGCAAGGUUUUAAUAUCAAAAGUGUGCAAUCAACCGGAUUUAAACUUAAUGUUUGGGAUAUUGGUGGUCAACGAAAGAUUCGUCCAUAUUGGCGGAAUUAUUUCGAUAAUACUGAUGUUCUAAUUUAUGUUAUUGAUAGUUCUGAUCGAAAGCGUUUUGAUGAAACAAAUCAAGAAUUGUCGGAAUUAUUGGAAGAGGAAAAAUUGCAUGGUGUUCCAUUACUCGUCUUUGCUAAUAAACAAGAUUUGCUAAAUGCUGCUAAAGCAUCAGAUAUUACUGAUGGUCUGUCCUUACAUCAAAUUCGCGAUCGACCGUGGCAAAUUCAAGGUUGUUCCGCGUAUACCAAAGAAGGUGUCAAAGAAGGUCUUGAAUGGAUAUCAAAAACUGUUACAAAAAAUAAGAAAUAA